CAGGCUCAUUACUUGUGACAAGGAGGGGAGAUAAGAGAAGUUAAAUGCCAAUUAAGUUUAUCAGAAUUUAAACAAACAUUACUGUUUACAAAAAAUGAACAUGAGGUGUGGCGUAUUUGCAUUAGUAGUGGAUGGUGGAAUGUAAUGUUAUAUGAGUGAGGAAUGUUAGUGUUGAAGCCACAAAAUGUCAAACCACACCAAACCAAAAGAGAGCAAGAGAGAGGGACAAUGGGCUGGCAUUAAUAGCCUUGGUGGAGGCCUAAACUGAAGGAGAAGACAGGGUCACUUGAGGUCAGAUCCACCUUGGCCCUACGAGCUUGCUGCCUAGUACAAUACCCUACCUUGACACCAAACAAUAACAAUGCCCUCUGGCUGUGUUUCACUGAUGAAGCUUGCCAAGCUCCCCCAUCCAAGAGUCUGAAAAGUGGCAUAAGGAUACACUACACCAGGGUCAGGUGGUGUCCCCGCAUAGUCACUGGAGCACAAACAAGAUGGUGAUAACCCACCUACAACCAACAGCAAAAAAGGGCUUUUGGACACUGGACCUACAUGGGAUAAGAUUGCAUGAUUGGUAUCAAGUCAUUCUGCGGUUCACCUUAGACGACAUUGUCAAAGAUCGCUUAAGUCAACCAUGGCACAUUGGUUUGGUGUCUGACAUCAACUUCAAAGUUUAAAGUUGUCAACACCCAUCAGAGAAUGAGGAAAUUUCUUGGAGCCACUUAGGGGAGGGAGACAAGAGCGUUACUUUCUUGUAUGAGCACACAAAGAAUUGAUUUGAACCAUGAAGCGCAGUAAGCACCGUGGACUCAAGGAGGACAGAAACGGAGAUGAGCCAGCUAUUCUGGAGACAGAGAACCUGGAUCGUCAGGGCAUGUUCAUGGAAGGAGGCCCAGAUCCCGACACCAUCUCACUGGCCUCAGUCACAGCUGUCACCACCAAUGUAUCAAAUAAGAGAUCAAAGCCAGAUAUAAAGAUGGAACCCAGUUCUGGAAGACCAGUAGAUUACCAAGUCAGUGUGACCGUGAUUGAAGCCAGGCAGCUGGUGGGACUGAACAUGGAUCCAAUGGUCUGUGUUGAGAUUGGAGAAGAUAAAAAGUACACUUCAAUGAAGGAAUCAACCAACUGCCCAUACUACAAUGAAUAUUUUGUGUUCGACUUUCAUGUCCCUCCAGAUGUUAUGUUCGACAAAAUCCUGAAGUUGUCAGUAAUUCACUCCAAAAAUCUUCUGCGUAGUGGAACACUUGUUGGAUCCUUUAAACUGGAUGUUGGCACAAUCUACUCCCAGCCUGAUCAUCAGUUUUACCACAAGUGGGCUUUGUUGUCUGACCCUGAAGACAUCUCAGCGGGUUGUAAAGGCUACGUAAAGUGUGAUAUUGCAGUCGUGGCCAAAGGAGACACCAUAAAGACUCCACACAAGGCCAAUGAAUCAGAUGAAGAUGACAUAGAGGGCAAUCUCUUAUUACCAGAGGGGGUGCCUGCAGAGCGACAGUGGGCUCGUUAUUACCUGAAGAUCUACAGAGCUGAGGGUCUCCCCAGAAUGAACACCAGCAUAAUGGCCAACGUCAAAAAGGCCUUCAUAGGAGAAAAUAAGGACCUGGUUGAUCCUUAUGUCCUAGUACUGUUUGCUGGGCAGAAGGGCAAAACAUCUGUUCAAAAGAGCUGCUAUGAACCUAUCUGGAACGAGCAAAUUGUUUUCACUGAGAUGUUUCCACCAUUGUGCAAACGCAUGAAGAUCCAGAUCCGCGACUCAGAUAAAGUGAAUGAUGUUGCUAUAGGAACUCACUUCCUGGACCUGCGGAACAUUUCCAAUGAUGGGGACAAAGGCUUCCUUCCCACGCUGGGACCUGCCUGGGUUAACAUGUACGGCUCCACUCGUACCUACACCCUGAUGGAUGAGUACCAGGAGUUAAACGAAGGGCUCGGAGAGGGAGUGUCCUUCAGGGCCCGUUUGCUCAUCAGCCUGGGCGUGGAGCUCCUGGACCCCUCCUCCCCUGACAUUACCAGUUCCACAGAGGUGCAAUUGGAGGGAGUACCCAACAUCUCAGAGACCGCUACUGGGAAGGUUGAGGAGUUUUUCCUCUUUGGGUCUUUCCUGGAGGCCACAAUGAUUGACAGAAAGAUUGGUGAUAAGCCCAUCAACUUUGAGGUUACCAUAGGUUACUAUGGAAACGAGAUUGAUGGGGUUGCCCAGCCAAGAACGAAGGGGAAGAAGGGUGACGGCGACGAAGAGGAAACUGAACUGAUCCACAACUCCAGUGACGAGGAGAUUGAUGAUGACGGGGACCUGACUUCAGUGGCAACUACUCCCCCCAUGAAACCUGUCGUCACUGACAGAAACUACUUUCACCUGCCGUAUUUUGAGAGGAAGCCAUGUAUCUACAUCAAGAGUUGGUGGCAGGACCAGAGAAGGAGGCUGUACAAUGCCAACAUUAUAGACAACGUUGCAGAUAAACUGGAGGAUGGACUGAAUGAUGUGCAAGAGAUAAUCAAGACAGAGAAGACCUAUCCUGAGCGUAGACUGAGAGGCGUCCUUGAGGACCUCAGCCAGGGCUGCAGUCAGUUUCUUUCCCUGGCAAACAAGGAUCAGAACCUGUCUGGCAGAACCAAACUUGACAGGGAGAGACUGAAGCUGUGCAUGUCAGAAGUGGAAACUAUUGGCCAGCAAGCUAAAGCCAUGAGGACCCAGGUGAAGAAAAGCACAGUGAGAGAUAAAAUCAAGCUGGCUCAGAACUUCCUCACAAAGCUCCGCUUCCUGGCUGAUGAACCUCAACACAGCGUUCCUGAUGUUUUCAUAUGGAUGAUAAGUAAUGGGAAGCGCAUUGCUUAUGCACGUGUUCCUUCCAAAGACAUCCUUUAUUCCAGUGUAGACGAGGAGAAAGGAAAGGACUGUGGCAAAGUCAAGACAAUCUUUCUCAGGAUCCCUGGUAAGAAAGGUUUUGGGCCUGCUGGUUGGACAGUCCAGUCCAAGAUAGAGAUUUAUCUGUGGCUGGGUCUGACUAGACAGCGCAAAGACUACCUGAAUGGCCUGCCCAAUGGAUUUGAGGAAAAUAAGUUGUCCAGAGGACCUGGUCUGCCGUCCUCACCUCCCAUCAGCCUCACCUACAUGAUGAAACAGAUGUUCCAGCUGAGGGUCCACAUGUACCAAGCUCGCAGCCUGUUUGCCGCCGAUAGCACAGGUCUGUCUGAUCCCUUUGCAAGAGUUUUCUUCUCAACACAAAGCCAGGUCACUGAGGUGUUGGCUGAGACUCUGUGCCCAACGUGGGACCAGCUGCUGGUCUUUGAGAAUGUGGAAUUAUUUGGAGAGGCCUACGAACUCAGAGAUGACCCACCUAUUAUUGUCAUUGAACUCUAUGAUCAAGACACAGUGGGUAAAGCUGACUUCAUGGGCAGAACAUUUGCCAAGCCUGUGGUCAAGAUGGCGGACGAGCACUAUGGUCCCCCACGCUUCCCUCCACAGCUGGAAUACUAUCAGAUCUACCGUGGGAACUGCACCGCUGGAGAAAUGCUGGCAGCCUUUGAACUUCUGCAGAUUGGCCCCAAUGGGAAAGCUGACCUGCCACCCAUAGACGGUCCAACAGAUAUGGACCGCGGCCCAAUCCUGCCUGUACCGCUGGGGAUCAGACCAGUGCUCAGCAAGUACAGGAUUGAGGUUUUGUUUUGGGGCUUGAGGGACUUGAAGAGGGUGAAUCUGGCCCAGGUGGAUCGGCCUCGUGUGGACAUCGAAUGUGCCGGAAAGGGAAUACAGUCUUCCCUAAUCUCCAACUACAAGAAAAACCCCAACUUCAGCACCCUUGUCAAGUGGUUUGAAGUGGAUUUGCCCGAGAAUGAGUUGCUUCACCCGCCACUGAACAUCCGCGUGGUGGACUGCAGGGCUUUUGGACGCUACACUCUGGUUGGCUCCAAUGCUGUCACCACCCUGCGGAAGUUCAUCUACAGGCCAACAGACAAGCAGGCCAACAACUGGACUACCACAGAGGAAAUUAUUGUUGUCAACAUAGAACCUGAGCCUGGUUUUAAGAAGAUGGACACUGUGGUCAAACUGGACUCUUGCUCUGAUGCUGUGGUCAAAGUUGAGGACGAUGAUAAGGAUGGGAAGGGUAAAAAGAGGAAGAGGAAGAAGGGUGAUGAGGUUGAAGAGGAGGAACUCGACGAGAGUAUGUUGGACUGGUGGUCCAAAUAUUUCGCCUCCAUUGAAACUUUGAUGGAGGCUCUCAAGGCUCAAGAAGCUGCUCUUUCAGAUUCAGAGGACAAAGAUGACAUGGGCGUUACAGAUGGCAGCGAUAUCAAACCUGAUGACUCUCCUGUGAAAGGCACCAAGAGAGGAAAGGGAAAGAAGGAAAAGAAGAAGCCGGGAGUCGAUCCAUUCGAGAAGAAAAAGCCAAAGCUGGAUGAGCUCAAGGUUUACCCAAAGGAACUGGAGAGUGAAUUUGACAACUUUGAGGACUGGCUUCACAGUUUUAACCUUUUCAGGGGAAAAGGUGGUGAUGAUGAUGACCAAAACGUGAUGGAUGAGGACAGAAUUGUUGGAAAAUUCAAAGGCUCACUGUGCAUGUACAAAGUGUCGGACGACAUGUCCAGAGAAGUGGGCUUUGACUCCAACAUGGGAAUGUUUCAGAACAUUCCUCACAAUGAUCCCAUUAAUGUACUUGUCCGCAUCUAUGUUAUCAGGGCAACUGAUCUGCAUCCAGCUGACAUUAAUGGGAAAGCUGAUCCAUACAUCGCAAUCAGACUGGGGAAGACAGAGAUCAAAGACAAAGAGAACUACAUCUCAAAACAGCUGAACCCUUUGUUUGGCAAAUCCUUUGACGUGGAGGCCACAUUCCCAAUGGAUUCCACACUCAUGGUGUCAAUUUAUGACUGGGACCUGGUGGGAACCGAUGAUCUGAUUGGAGAAACCAAAAUUGACCUUGAGAACCGUUUCUACAGCAAACACAGAGCCACAUGUGGUAUUACAAGUAACUACGCCAUCCAUGGUUACAAUGUGUGGCGGGACCCAAUGAAACCCACACAAAUCCUGGCUAAGUUGUGUAAGGACGGCAAACUGGAUGGGCCUCACUAUGGCCCCGCAGGAAGAGUGAAGGUGGAGAACCGUGUCUUCAUGGCACCCACUGAGAUAGAGGAUGAAAAUGGUUUGAAGAAGCAGACGGAUGAACAUCUGGCUCUGACCGUGUUGAAGCACUGGGAGCAAAUCCCACGUGUCGGCUGCAAGCUUGUCCCAGAACACGUGGAAACCAGACCACUUCUCCACCCUGAUAAACCAGGAAUUGAACAAGGGAGAAUUGAGAUGUGGGUGGAUAUGUUCCCUAAGGAUAUGACUGCACCUGGCCCUGCCCUUGACAUUUCGCCAAGGAAACCAAAGAAGUUUGAACUGAGGGUGAUUAUCUGGAACACAGAUGAGGUUGUUCUGGAAGACGAUGAUAUCUUCACUGGCGAGAAAUCGAGUGACAUAUUUGUGCGAGGCUGGUUGAAAGGGCAACAGGAGGACAAGCAGGACACAGAUGUCCAUUAUCACUCCAUCACUGGGGAGGGCAACUUCAACUGGCGCUUCGUCUACCCCUUCGACUACCUCAUGGCUGAAGAGAAGAUCGUCAUCUCAAAAAAAGAGUCCAUGUUUGCCUGGGAUGAGACUGAAUACAAGAUCCCAGCUCGUCUUAACCUGCAAGUGUGGGACGCUGAUCAUUUCUCUGCAGAUGACUUCUUAGGUGCAAUCGAGUUGGACCUGAACCGUUUCCCACGUGGCGCGAAGACUGCCAAGCAGUGCACCAUUGAGAUGGUGACAAAUGAAGGCGAGAUGCCCAUGGUCUCUAUCUUCAAACAGAAGAGGAUCAAAGGGUGGUGGCCAUUUGUGGCCAGAAAUGAAGAGGACGAGUUUGAACUCACGGGUAAAGUGGAAGCAGAGCUGCACCUUCUGACAGGAGAGGAAGCAGAGAAAAGCCCUGUUGGUGAAGGACGCAACGAACCAGAGCCACUGGAGAAACCCAACCGCCCAGACACCAGCCUUCUGUGGUUCCUCACUCCCUUCAAAGCCAUAAAAAACCUGGUCUGCAACCAGUACAAGUGGCUGGCCAUCAAGAUUGUCACUGCUCUCCUGCUGCUGGCCAUGCUGGCUCUUUUCCUUUACAGCAUGCCUGGUUACAUGGUCAAGAAAAUGCUGGGAGCAUGAGAUGUUGCUCAGACACCUCUGCAGAAGCCGUCCAGAUAUUGCCCUCCUCUGGUUCCUCAUCCCUUUCAAAGCUGCGAAACACCUGGUGUGCGACCAGUACAGGUGGUUGACCAUCAAGAUUGUCACUGUUCUCCUGCUGCUGGCCGUCUUGGGUCUUUUCCUAUACAACAUGCCUGGUUACAUGGUGAAGAAAAUGUUGGGAGUCUGAGUUAAAACCAGCAGAUGUUAACUUUUUCGAAGUGUGUGUAUAAUUAGAAUUCUUUUGUGAACAGUUUGUAUUUUGCCAUUUAAAGCAUUAUUAUAUGAAAACUAAAUCAAUAGCAGUACUAAUAAUACAUCUUGAGUGUAUCCAUCAUUGGUUAUUAAUGUGUCUAAUGUGUACAAAUCUCAACAUGCUACUAUUGGUGUGAUAUUUAUGCAUUUUUUUUGUUUCUUUAAAUGUGUUUUUCUUUAUUCACAUUCAUUUAAUUUCCAUCAUUUUGAGAUAUUAAAAGUCCA